AUGGCGGCGUCCUCAUCAAAACAAAAAGACUCAAAACAGAAUCUUCUCUUAGGAAUCAAAUCUACAGUUAAUGUAUUACUUGCCAGUCGCAAUGCUAAUGUUUGGUCCACUUAUGGAGGUUUAACUAGAAUUGUCGGGGAUCUAGAAAAUAUAUUUCGUCAUGAACUCAAGUCUUGUAAGGAUUUCUUUGGUGAUCUCAAUGAUUAUGACAUCGUGUUAAAGAAUGCAGGCUAUCUUGGAGUGAAAUAUACAGGCAAAACAUGGUUAAAAGACACUUUAGCUCAACAUACCUUAGUAUUACAAUUAACACAUAUGAUACAAAAUGUAACUCUCAUGAACCAGUAUUAUACAGAAAAUGCAUUCCUACGAAGUCCUGAGUAUUGUCAAGCAUUACUUAUUUGUCUACAAGCUAUCGAAUCCAAUAAUCCUGAUGUUCUUACACAAAUAAACAACACUGUGGGUCACAAAGAAGAAACUCCUCAUGACCAAGGAGAACAGCCAUACARCCUCUCUGAGUCAUGGGAUACUCUUGUAGGGCACAAAGACCACGAUACCUUUUCUACCUACUGCAAUCAUGAAAAGGAUGAGGUAGAUGAAGACAUCUCAUCGAAAGAUGAUGAACUAAACGUUGACAGUUUUUACCGAGAAAGUAAUAACGAUUUAGAUAAAGAUUUAGUAGAAAAUCAUGAAAUGUAUUUAGCAAGAGAAAAAGUGCAUUUGAGARAUUUAGUUGACUCUAMRAAACGUAAAAAACGUAAUAUUGAUGAAGGGACAUUAGCUCAAGUCGCUCUGACUGCAGUYAUGGAAGGAGAUGAGAGAUGCGGUAGCCCUUCGUCUUGUUGGUUUGAAGCUAACUCGUGUGUGCAACGAAGACGAAGUACGAGUUUGAAUGACCUWAAGGAUAUUGAAAAAGAAAGGGUUUUCGAAACUGAAACUGCUGCAAAUAAGGACAUUAAAWUACUUGGACAUAAUAACACACAGUCUAGUGUUUCAUCUUCUGAAUAUAAAUCCAAGAAARCACUUGGUCAUUCGCGGUCAAGAUCAGAUGGAACAAGACUUAUAAAGACAACAAAACGGCAGCAAAGUGUUAAGGAAAUACCGAGAAGAACCGAAGAGGAACAUAAAUUCAUUUCUGAUAAUAAUUCCAGGCUUUCUUCUUCUCUUCCUGAAGUUGAAUUCUAUCAGAACGAUCCACUAUCUCCACACGAAGAAGUAACUUCAUUCGCAUCAAUGUUGGCAUUGCAAGACUUGUCUUCAUGUGAAUUAGAAAAGGAGAAUGCUCACUUCAGCAUAUCCGAAGCUUUGAUACAGGCGAUCGAACAAAUGAAAUGUGAUCAAAUAAUUGCAUCAGAAGACGAAGACGAUGAUGAUGAAGAAAUUCAGACUCUCAAACUAGAAAUAGAACGAAGACGUUUACAAAAAAAGCGAGAGAAAUUACGACUUGAGCCUGCAUUUAGUGACGGAACACCCAAGACACCAAGCAAUCACAGUUCUACGUCUAAUCACAGUACUUCUUCGUCAAAAUCGAGCAUUGUAGAUAUCGAUGAUAUUUCUCCAGACUGGGAAGAAAUCUCAGAAGAACACAUVACUAAUUUAUCUAAACUAUCAGCAUCGGAGACAACUUUGGUCCCUGAAAAACUUUUAGACGUAUCAAGUAUAGAAUCAAGUGCGUCUCCCCCUUUGUCUGCCGAGGCCGUUGCCAAGAGUCUGUUACAGAAAUUUGCAAAUAAGAAGCAUCCAGCAGCAUCGGAACUUCAGUGGCUGGUAUCAGAAAACGAUGUCCCACAAUCUUUGCUUCCAUUACCUCAAACCUUCUCAGUCGAUCCUGAAGAUGGCGUAAGAGAUGUGGAUGAUUUGCAUGAUCAACGGAGAAAAUCGCUUCCUUGUCGUAUUCGUGGAAACUUUGAAUGGGCACCGCCUCGCUUUCAAAUUAUUUUCCAUAUUCCUCCGCAGGCAAGGAGAAGACAACAAAUGUUCGAACAGAACUAUCGCUGUGUUGGGUGUGGUAUGCAAGUCGAUCCAGGGUACAUGAAAAGGUUUCGAUACUGUCACUAUUUAGGAAAGUAUUUUUGUAGUAGUUGUCAUCAUAAUGMACUCAUGAUUAUACCAGCAAGAGUCAUACGACGAUGGGACUUUAAAAAAUAUGAAGUGUCCAAGUUUGCUUUGGGUCUUCUCAAUAAGAUCCACGCUGAUCCUUUGUUUAACAUUCAAGAUCUCAAYCCAUCUCUUUACCAGAAAGUCCGUAUUUUAGACAAUAUUAAGAUUCUUCGUAAACAACUUUACUUCUUCAGAUCAUUCGCACAGACAUGUCGAAAAUCAGAACACUUACAAGAGGAGUUUUCUCGGAUUCCAAAUCAUCUAAUGAACGACGAACAUCUUUAUUCAUUGCAAGACUUAAUUCAGGUUAAAAGUGGAGAACUACCAGCUUAUUUUAAAAGUCUUGUUACACAGUCCUUACUCCAUAUCAAUGAUUGUCCGCUAUGUCAAGCAAAAGGUUUUAUCUGUGAAUACUGUCGGAAUGGAGAUGACAUUAUCUUCCCAUACCAACUGGAAAGAGUGAUACAGUGUUCAAAUUGCAGAGCAUCAUUUCAUAGAGAUUGUUAUGUGGAAGGGAAAUGCCCUAAAUGUGAGCGAAUACAAAUUAGAAAAUCCCUCAUGGCCGCGCCCUUACCGCUUGAUGACAAAGACACUUAAUUCUUACAUAAUAGGCUUUCUCUGUCUAUAAUCGUUUUAAUUACUAUUUUAUUAAAUCUAAUAAUCUAGAGUGGACGUACUUAAUCCCUUACACAUAUAUUAUUAAUUACUACUAAAUAGUGUUGGUUAAACAAUGGUAAUUAGCAUAAAUCACAACUAUUUUGUUUCACGGGGUUGGAGUGCUCGCACUAAAUGCAUGAAAUAUAAAUACUACAAAAUAGGUGAUAAAUUAUACAAAUUUCUUUGUUUCCUAUUGUAUAAUCAACACUAUUUAGUAGUAAUUAGUACUAUUUGUUUCACGCUUUAAGUGCGAGCACUCUAGUGCGUCGACUCUACUAAACUUUUCAUGCAAUUUAGAUUUAAAUUUGUAAAUGAAUGUUUUAAGAAAAAAUUGAACUAUAGAAAAAACAACACGUAAAUUAAAUGACUGUUGAAUGCAUGGCGGACGGUUUUAAGGAGUAUUUGAAUGACUUUGCGCAACAACUCAUCAUUAAAGCCCUUAAUGGACAGUGAUUUUAGUAAUGGGCCAUUAUAUACGAUCCAAGGUAUUAUGUGGGUCAAUUCAAUAUAUAAUUAGCGUCAAAUCUCUAAGAGACUCAAGUGGCUCUCAAACUGACGUGUCCUUGGGCAUGAUGAUACAACAUUGAAUUGUAAAGCAGCCAGAGCUGAGGACCGGAAAGCAAACAUAAAAGAUAGAGAGAAACAUCGUUGAUUUAAUGGAAGUGAACGGAAAACGAAAAGCAGUACCGCUAUAUUGAUAUAGAUUCUCCAGUUUGAUUCAGUAUAUGUUGGCUGUGAUCUUCAAACAAGUUUAUUACGGCAARUCUACAAUAAGUUUCUAUGAAAUAAAAAAUAAUAAUUAAUUUGUCCAAUA